UCACUUAUGGGACUGUUGCUCACAAAUGUUUUGAAAUCAAAACAAGAUUCUCGCAGGCGCAUGGAUUCACCAAACCAAACGAUCUCAAAGCACUAAAUUUAAUGAAUGCAGCGGCAAUCCAAGUGCUCGAGUCAGACCUUGGAAGAGGUUAUCUUGGUUCCAAAUCGGAAAAGAAAUCGAAGAAAGGCAAACAGAAAUCAUCUACCGGUAUCGUCCUUGCUUACGGACAAAGCGAUGAAUUCAGCUUUGCAUUUGGUAGAAAUUGUCAAGCUUAUAAUCGAAGAUCUAGCAAGCUUUUGACAACCGUUUUAUCCACUUUUACGGCCGCAUACAUCCAUCUGUGGUCAGAAUACUUUCCUGAGAGCCCACUUUCAAUUGAAAAUUUACCCACUUUUGAUGGAAGAAUAAUUCAGUAUGCCACCUUCCAAGAGUUCCAAGACUACUUCAAAUGGAGACAGGUAGAUGCUCACAUCAACAAUUUAUAUAAUACGACCUUUUGGGCGUUAGUGCAACAAGGAAAACGGACAACUCAAGAAGCUCAUAGCGAUCUCAAAGGAACGUUUUCAAAAGAUAAACACUCGAUCUUAUUCGAUCGAUUCCAAAUCAAUUACAACAAUGAGCUCGAAAUUUUCAAGAAAGGGUCGAUCCUGAUUUGGUCUUCAUUAUUGGAGAAACUUUGCACAACCCAGAAAUCUGAGGCCGCGGACCCAACUUCUGACAACAAUCUCAAGGCGUCAACCCCGCCAUCGGAAUCUUCAACACCGCUGCCACGAUCGACUACGGAUCCGCCAACAACAGGAGAAAAAACCAGUCAGCCUAAUUCCGAUGAUGUUGUGAAUUCAGUGUGUGUGGUUCAUCAGGAUCUAGUCAAGGAUCAGUGGUGGACUACGGGUCCUGGAGCUCAAUUAUCUGAAUAGACGUGUCCAUCAUUUUUUGUGAUGUCGAUCAUUUCAAGUAAAUUGUUGACUCACCAGGCAUGAUGGGUGCUGGACGUUCUGCUGUGAUAUUUUGACUUCGUUUGAAAUCGAUAAUACCCAUGACUGUAGUGCCUUGGACAGUGAUUUUUGGAGCAACACUCCCAUGGUCGAAAUAUACAUCCAACUCUAUUGCACCCCAUUCAUAUUGGCA